GGGGCGGGGCUGUAAGGGCAGUGCUAGGCGACACGGACGCGCGCCGCGUCUGUCCGGUGAACGAACCCGGCAGCUUCCGGCCGUCUGCUAACUGCUGGAUGGACCGCAGCUGCUCAGAUCUCUCUACCGAAGACAGCCUCUUUGGAGAUGCUCCUCUGGACCAAAGCCAUUACUGGCUAUCCAAAAGCCAGACCUGGUGCCCCAAGACCCUAAGCCCAUCCAAGUCUCAGGGAUCCAGGCUCCCACAGAUUCCCAAAGGUACAAGCAAUUCCUCUGAGCUGUUAGAGGACUCCUGGCCAUCCAGUUCAUUGACCCCAUCUCCACUCAGCACCAAUGAUGGGCAGAUGGGCACCUCAUCACCACCCACCCUGAUUGACAGCAAGGACUCUGUGGUGGCCAAGUAUAUAAACAGGUUCCGCCAAGCUCAGCCCACAAGUCGAGAGGAACGCCAGCCGGCAGGCCCAACCCCUGCGGACUUUUGGUGGCUGCAUUCUGAGUCGCCAGACCCCAGCAGUCAGUUUGUAGCAGCAGGAGCCAGUCAGUCAGAAGGAAAAUCCAGAAGAGCAGUGGCAGUCCCAGCUCCUGCCAAGACCCUCAACACUUGGAAGUCAUCCCUGCUGGACCUGGAGACACUGAGUCUACAAAGCAGAGCAGCCAGACUGCUCAAACGCAGCAAGGCCUCCAUCUCCUCCUCCUUCAGCCCCAGCGAAGCCAAUGGCUCCUCCCUCCCCAGCAGCUCCAAUGAGUUCGCUCCCGCUCCUGUUCCCAUGACCUUCACCCCUGACUCCAGCAAGGACUCAGGCCCCAGAGCACCUGCACCAGCCACGGCUUCCUCCUCCCGGGCACCCCUUCGACCUGAGGAUGACAUUUUGUACCAGUGGCGGCAACGUAGGAAACUCGAACAGGCUCAAGGAGGCCAGGGUGAUGGACCAUGGGUGCUGCCCCGGCCCCCAGCCCCCACCACUGUGACCUCUCCUGCCCCUACAAUGCCCCUUGAUUCUGUGGGGACCCAAUCCAGCUGUGUUCCACCGUGGGCCAGUGUGUCUCAGUCUGGUCCCCCCGAGACCUAUAUAGAGAGGCCUCCUGUGCCCCCCGGGGCUUCUCCACACAUCCUCUGGACCCCCAGUCCCCAUGGCUUCAUCUGGGCCCCACAGCCCAGUUCUUGGGUGACUUUUGGGACAGUGCCUCCCACACUGCUGGCCCCCACUCCAGCUCCUGUAGCCUCUGCCCUAGUGCCCCCAGCCUCCACCCCGGCCCCCCCAGCCCCCAUCCCAGAUGCCUCCAACCCAAAUCCCCAGGCCUCCAUCCGCGGGCCCCUUGAUACCCACCAGGGCCCUCAUACCCCAGAACAAAGCAGCCCCGCCCGGCCCCAGAAGCCGAGUCCUGAGCUUUUGAGAACCAGAGCUCCCCAUCAAGAAGCUGCUGGGGGAAUCAAGGCAGUGGGUGAGGGGCCUGGCCCGCAGCUCAGGGGGGCCCUGGGCCAGGUAGUGACGGCUCGGCUGUUCCCCGACAGCCCCGGGGAGGACAGGCCUCCACUGGAGGCUGAAUCUCGUGCUAUCAAGGCUAGGCCUUCCCAAGCCAAGGCCACGCCCCUCAAACUAGAGGCCACGCCCCCUCCCUUUGAAUCCCGGGCCAGAUCCAAGGGAGAAUCCCGAAGAGCCAGGGCCAGGCCCCUCUCCGGAGGCUCGGGGCUCCGGGCAGAAAAGGCCACGUCCUCAGCUGGAGCCGCAGACCCGCGGACCACGGCGGGGGCACCGGCACCGGCGGAGACUCGGAGCCCCGCGGCCACGCCCUCCGGCGGCCACGCCCCCGCCGAGGCCUCUGCACCGGCCUGCGAGGCGGGGACUCGGGACCCCGCGGAGGAAUUACUAGUAGAGGCCGCCCGACUUUUGCAGGCUGCGGAAGACUCCGACGGCAGCGAGUUUCAGGACGACCCUGUGCUGCAAGUGCUAAGAGCUCAGAGAGCAGAGCUGCGAAGGCAGAAAAGGAGAGUGGAAGCGCAAAUGUCCUUCCUGGUGUGCCACGCUGACCACCCAAGGCCUUGGUCUCCUCCAGCCACAUCGCCUGCCAGGUCCCCGGGGAGGAGGCUGCGGAGGGAAGGUGCCUCCUUCGAGGCCAGACGACUUUGAAUUGUAUAUAUUCUCUUUUGCUCAAUGAAGCUUUUUUUCCCCAAA